CCCAGCGCACGCACGGAGCAGCCACGGCGCAAACUCUCCACCUUUCCGCGCAGGACCGACGGCGGCGUCGGCGGCGCAGCGAGUGGAGCGACGGCGUCUCCCGCCGACCACGCGCGUCGCGGGGUGGGGCAGCGGGCGGCAAGCAGGUUUGCCCAUCAGCUCGCCGCAAAGCUCUGUUUCCGGGGAGAAGCUGCGCCGGAGCUUGCCGCAAACUCUCUUUCUGGGGUGGCGCAGCGUCGUCUUGGUGCGGUGGCGACUCCGUGAGGCCUCCGGUGCAAGCCCAGCAGGUUUGUCAUGUCGACGUUCGCCGGCGUAUCCGUCCUCGACGGCGACAAGCCGUGCUCUUGCGUAACGUCGGACGUCGGCGCCAACAGCGUGUACCACCUGCUCGUGGUCAAGGGCUACUCUCGUAUCAAAAAGGAGUUGCCCAACGGCGAGAGCUGGUGCACUGAUUUGUUCAGGGUGGGAGGCCAUGAGUAUUCCAUCGAGUACUAUCCUAACGGCGCAAACCCCAACUGUGCCGACUUCAUUUCGCUCGAUAUUACCCGUCUCUACGACGAAGAUGUCGAAGAGGGUGUGGAGGCCAAGUUCAGUUUCAGUCUGGUCGAUGACGUCGAGAAGCAGAUGCUGACGUACAUUCGUGCGACUCGUAAAACCCGUGACUUCCGCAGAUGUGAUCCUUGUUGGGGCUGCGACAAGUUCAUGAGAAGAGAUGCCCUUGAGCGAUCAGCCAGUCUAAAGUUUGAUUGUUUCACCAUCAGGUGUGAUAUUGUGGUGUGCAAGGACAACACCCCAGAUGCCACUGGCUCAGGCACCGGCACCGAGGUUCUCAUGCCUGACAUACACCAACAUUUUAGCAACCUCCUUCAGAAUAAGGUGGGUGCUGAUGUGACAUUCGAGGUCGGCGGCGAGACAUUUGCUGCACACCGGUGUGUGCUCGCUGCCAGGUCUGAAGUGUUCAUGGCGCAGCUCUUUGGCACCGCGACGCCCAGCAUCAUACAGAUCACAGAUAUGGAAGCAAAAGUGUUCAGGGCUUUGCUUUGCUUCAUCUACACAGACUCGUGUCCUGAGAUGGAGAAGAACAGCAUGGAGGAGGAUGAAAUGCCAGGAGUUGUGGAACAAGGACAAGUAGAGGAAGUACUGGAGGAUAAAAUGUCAGAAGUUGAGGAACAAACACAAGAAGAGGCGGUAGAGGAUGAAAUUCUUCUGCAAUGGCUGCAGGACUUGUUUGUGGCGGCAGACAGAUACAAUCUCCAGCGGCUCAAGUUCAUCUGUGAAAAGCAGUUGUGUGAGCAUGUAGGUGUGAGCUCCGUGGCGUCCACUCUUGCUCUAGCCGAGCAGCACCACUGCCAUGGAUUGAAGGCGGCGUGCUUGAAGUUUAUCCAAGUCCUAUCUCCCUCGCGUUUGCAGACACUAAUGGCAACUGAUGGAUGGGGGCAUAUAGCAACGACAUACCCCUCUGUUUUGUACGAGCUCAUUGCCAUCCUUGCGUCAAACCAGCGGAAAUGAUACUCUGGUAUGCAUGGUCUUCAAGUGACACUCUUUUGCAUCUAUAGUAUCCUCUAUAGAUAUCGUAGUUUGUGUGCUCUGCUUUUAAUUGUCUCGUCAUGUAAUUUGCAUGAAUGCUGAAUCAGAAAAACCCAACAUAUGGGCAUAUUGUCUCUUCAUGCAAUUGCAAUGGAUAGUCUGUAAAUUCAGGUGUGAGGAUCAACAUUGAUCUGCAUUGCAGCAAUGCACAAGUUUCCCAACAGAUUUCAUUUUAUCCUCAUAUAUUCGUCUGUGCAUUGUGUCGUACAGUGUACCUUUGUGCCUCCCCUGUCAUUUAAUACCCUUUUCUAGUGGUUAUCAAGAAGAGCAAAUGUUUGAAGUUUUCUGGAAAGGAAUUUUAUGAACCUGGAUUUAGGGAAACAAUAUUGAAGACAAGACAGGUCACCAAGAAUUUCGGUUGUCGUGACAGGCAUGGUGUGAAAUCUUGAUCCAGUAUCAGGGAUCUUCUCCUUUAUGCUUGUUGUUCUCCUCAGAUGGAACAAAAAAAUGACUUCCGUUGUGGUGUAUCUGGAAGCACAGAUGAUGAUUGAUUGCUGUCAGUUAGCUACCGUGUUAGACAAUGAGUUGAUGAUGAAAAAAACCCGCUUGCUUUGCCAUGAGCCUGAAAGUGUUGUUUGAAUGUGUGAUUUCUAGACAUCACUAGUAGUAAAUAAAAAGAAGAAAAGAGGUGCUAAUGGCAUAGUAAUCAAGGUACCAACGAGCUAUGUGAUGGUUUUAUGGAUGCAAUCUAGAAUGUCGCCAUUCUGCAAAGCCACAUGAAGGAAGUGGCAAAAAUCUAGAUACCAGGUCUUCAUACAGUCUAGACCCUGACACUUUCUAGUAAGGAAAAUUUCAUCAGAAGAUAAUUUGCAUGAUAUAGUAAUGUAACGUGUUGUUUUCUCAUUGAUGGUUAUCAAUGCAGUUCACAGAGAGCAAUGUGCUUGGCAGUAUGAGACAUUUAGUUUACUUGAGGGGUAUGUGCGAUCAAUAUUAUAUUAUAUUCUUACUAGUUCCCAUGAAUUAACGCAUUCUUUCCAUGGA